GGUGUGUUAAUUAAUUUGUACUAUUUUAUUGUCAGGGAAGAGUUUGGGUUAGUUAAUUAACAUAAUUAUUGUCUAUUUUUUUCUGUUAAUUUUGAGUUUAAGAUUUUUCCUGAAGAGUUUGGGAACAUCAUGUUAGACUUAUUAUACCUUCUACUUUGGAAAGAUGAGAGCAAAUUCGCACGAGUUUUUUCUCUUCAUUUUUCGGAAACUCGGUUUUGCGACUGUCUUUACAAGUUUAAUGGUUGAAGGAAGGUUACAAGAUUGUGCGACGUGACGUCCUUACUGCAAUCUUACAGAAGUGUGGUGUGUAACUUAAUUAGGUAUGUGCUAGAUUAACCAAGAAAGGUUUUCGACUAAUAUUAGUGAUUGAUUUGGAUAGGAAUGGAAAAGCGAGCUUAAUGACGACGUAAGCUAUUUCAUUUACGUGAGAAAUGUAGUUCACGUGCAUGUGUUUAUUACCAGAUCUACCCUAAUCAGUGUCUUUAAGUGGAAACAUUUGAAUUGAUUAUAUUCAAAUUACUACUUUACUUUAAACUGUCGACAUCAACAUUUUUUGUAUUAUUUUCUCCAAUAAGACUAUAUGUUUAAAAAAAUUGGGCUGUUCAUUGCUGGUUCCGUUGGAAGCAUUAAAUGUAAACAGCAGACAGAAAGAAGUUAACGAAUCAAUGCUAAAGUUUUGAACUAAGGAUUUUCAGUUAAGCAUGUAUAAGGGUCUGCGUUGAUAGAAAUAUCAUAAUUAACUUAUAGACUACAUUAAAUGUGCUCGACUGUCUUAACUCAACCUGUUGGAACCAACACUUCACAUCCAUUCAUCUAGAGCGCGGUCAUAUUCAAAGUCCCUUUUAAUUGUAUCCUAUCUCCUUAAAUUCCUCAAUAAUACCAUCUUGCUUAUGCAUGCUCAUGUAACCGUUUUUCACGUAGAAAUCAAAUUGGCUUCGAGACUUUAUCAUAGUUAUUUCAAGUUGCAUAUAACAAGCUCAUCAUCAAUCAUUUGAGGGGCACUUGGUUUCUUGUGUCACUCUUCCCCACCGUGUGCCGAACUCAAGUACGAGAAAAAGGAAGAAGUUAAUGUGUUCGCACUAUGAUAAGAUUUAUCUUGACCAAACAAUAUAACUUUUAGAUGUAUCUCCGCCUUUUAACCGUCCACGUUGCUUUAAAAAUUUAAGUUAAAUGCGUCAUGCCCUUACCUAUAGAAGUUUCGAAUACUCUACUCUUACUGUGUUUUAUCUACUGAUAUGUUAGUGACACUCUUAGAUAUGCAUUUGUGGAUUUCACGACUUCGUUCCUGCCAUCGUAGACUAAUGAAUUAUGUAUCGAUCCAAAGCUGUUUUCACAGGAAUCCCAUUGUUCAGGUGUCAGCCAUUAAACCCUUGGUUCCAGCUUGAUGGAUAGUGGAGGUAAUAAUUCCAAUUUAGCAUCUAGGCAGCGGCUUCGUUGGACACAUGAACUUCAUGAGCGAUUUGUUGAUGCUGUAGCUCAACUCGGUGGGCCCGACAGGGCAACUCCAAAAGGUGUGCUUAGAGUUAUGGGAGUUCAAGGGCUGACAAUUUACCAUGUAAAAAGCCACUUACAAAAAUACAGACUCGCCAAGUAUCUUCCAGAUUCUUCUUCAGAUGGGACAAAAGCUGAAAAGAAAGAAUCUGGAGACAUACUUUCCAGUUUGGAUGGUUCAUCCUCUCUACAGAUAACCGAUGCACUCAAGCUGCAGAUGGAGGUUCAGAAGCGAUUGCAUGAGCAAUUGGAGGUGCAAAGACAGCUGCAGCUGCGGAUAGAAGCCCAAGGAAAGUACUUAAAAAAGAUAAUCGAAGAACAGCAACGCCUCGCCGGAGGUCUCUCAGAAGCACCUGGCUCGGGCGUUCCUGCACCAGCCACAGACGAAAUUUGCCCUGAAUCCGACAACAAAACCGAUCCAGCCACCCCUGCAGCAACAUCCGAGCCACCUUUUCUCGAAAUUCCCAUCAAAGAACGUGCUUCCAUCGACGAAUCCUUCUCAUCUCACCACGAGCCACUAACCCCCGAUUCCGAUUGUCAGGUGGGCCCACCACUCGAGAUCGAAAACGAGAGGCCCACAAAAAGGCCACGUGGCAGCGGUGAUGUGGCGUUUACGAAAUCAGAGAUUGUCCAGACACAUUCGAUACUGGAGUCAAGUUUGAGCCCUCCUUACCAGCAGCAAAAUUCAAUUUUCUUGACUGGAGAGCAGUUUGAUGGUUCGUCGGUGUUAUCUAUUGGCAGCGAAAAUCAGUUAGAGAGAAUCUCCGGUAGCAACCUCUAAUUUCGUAGCAAAAAUAGGGGCUUGCUCAUUUGUCACAGUAACGAUGUAUGUCUAGCUUCCAAAAAGAAAAUACACUAACUUUAUUAGGUCAACAAAACAUAAUUUGGUACUUAGAGAGAUAUUAUGAGAUUGUUAGGUGCUGGAAAGCUUUUAUUUCUGGACGUGCAUGAAGCUUUCGGUAAAACGGGUGUGCUUAAAAUGCAGACAUUUCACAUGGCGAAAGUGGAAACUCUUCUUACACCAAAGGCGAGAGUCGGUAUACAAGUAGACCUAAUGGCUUCGGCAUUUCUUCUAUUUAAUGCCUUGUGCAUUGACCCUAUCCAUGCUGUACUUCUUAUGAGCAAUUUCUAUUUACAAUUUGGUUAAUUUUAGUUCGUAUUGUUCCCCAGU